AUGCUAUGCGGCCCCUGUUCAGCUCAAAAUGGUGGAAUUGUAGUGAUCGUUGGUGAUCAAAUUGAUGCAUGUUCUUUUACUCGAAAUAAAAGGUAUGAUGAGGGCAUUUUUCCAUUUUAGCAAAAUUAAGCUUUAGUCUGAUUGAUAGCAAUUAAACUGACAGCAUUGUAGUCAUUUCUGAAUAUUAUUUCAGGGAAUAUUCAAUUCCCUUUCUUGGGACGUCUUUCGCCAGCUUUCGAUUAUUUUUCAGGUUUUUAAUUAUUUUGGGGGGAAGCCAUACAUUUAUUGUGCAAGCAUGUUUGGAGUCUGUUCAUAUAAACUGUUUGUGUGAGAUAUAUAUAUCACUGAGUAUGAGAUUGCUGCUGCAUGCAUGUAAAUAAUAUAUGGGCGCCGGGCAAGGCGGAAAUCUUACCAUUAUUUGUUAUGUUUGGUCGUGUUAUUUUAUAUUUACUUAAAUUCUAUGAGAUUAUAAAGAUGUUUAUGAUCAUUUUCAUAAAUUCUGAAAGAAAACUCCAUUUUUCUUUCUUACUGAAGUUUCCCAUCAAAAUUGUGACCAUCAUAACUGAUAAGCUGCCUUCUCAGUUUGUUUUAAAUCUGUUUGACGCUUUCUGAUUUUCUAGAGAACGCAGUGUUAGGCAAUUACCUCAGGUAUCCCUCUAAGUAACUAUUGUAAGUCACAUCAUGAAUGGUGUAAUAAUCUUGUAAGAGUUCAGUGUGAGAACAGUGUAUCUCAUAGUUGUGUGAUUAAAAUUGUGAUUCUUUUAAUGCCAUAUUUACUUAAGAUCCUGGCAUUACUAUGUGUAAUCAAAUGGAGAUGAGUGACAUUAUUCCAGUCUUAUCUAUUAAUAUCAUGGGUGAUGAAUUACAUUCGCAUUCAUUGAUUUUUCGACGUGUUUAUCCUGGUUUUAUUAUCAGUUGAGAACUCCAUGUUCUCAAAAGUUUAGAGCUUAAAUUUGGCUUAAGUUCCGAAUUUUCAGAUUUUUUUGCCAAAAUACCUGUUAGAAUCCUUCUUGAUUUGCUCUUUCAUGUGUUUCGGUUUUCUAAAGCAUCUUUAGAUGCCCUGACAUCUUCAUUCACAAAAUUGUAAAACUUCGUCACCAUCUUGGCACUGAGACAUAGGGAAGGUUCCCAUGGCAAUUUUGUAAUUUCUCGUGUGAAAUUAUAAAUUAAUGCUGAAAUUUUGCACCAAAAUUCAUCACCCAUGAUAUUACAAUGUAUAACAUGAAUGUGCAUUGUUUUGUUGCAGCAAAAUGUCACAACCAAACAGAAUUUUACCUCAAAGUAAAGAGACACUACUCAAGUCCUACACCAAACGUUUGAAAGAUGACGUGAAGUCGAUACUGGAUAACUUUACAGAAAUUGUCAAAUCUUCAAAGGUAAUAAACUUGGCAGAGAUCUGAGGUCUGAAACCUGCAUGGAGGCUUUCCCUUUUGCACUGGGCAUUACCCAGUCAGCAAACCAUCCACCUUACUUCAAUUUUCACUCAAGGUUAUUUUGAAGCUAAUGGUGUAAAUAGCUCUCCUCUGUAUUGCAUCCCACUUCACAGACGUGUUUACUUCAGUCUUCUUUGUGGGUCAGAAAUGUGUUUCUGUUCAGCUUUUCACCAUCAAAACUUUGCCUGCUUCACUAGAGGACUGAUAUUCUUACCAUAUUUUGACCCUACUUGCUUCAUACAAAUGUUUGAGGAUUUGUUCCAGUCUAGGNUAAACUUGACAGAGAUCUGAGGUCUGAAACCUGCAUGGAGGCUUCCCCUUUUGCACUGGGCAUUACCCAGUCAGCAAACCAUCCACCUUACUUCAAUUUUCACUCAAGGUUAUUUUGAAGCUAAUGGUGUAAAUAGCUCUCUUCUGUAUUGCAUCCCACUUUGCAGACGUGUUUACUUCAGUCUUCUUUGUGGGUCAGAAAUGUGUUUCUGUUCAGCUUUUCACCAUCAAAACUUUGCCUGCUUCACUAGAGGACUGAUAUUCUUACCAUAUUUUGACCCUACUUGCUUCAUACAAAUGUUUGAGGAUUUGUUCCAGUCUAGGUAUUUUUGGAGUCGCCAUAAGGCUACUUCUUGUCUCUUCUUUUCCUUUCUUAUUUGUUUUGCAUGUAAACUUCUCCUAAAACUUUUCUGAGGUCUUUACUUGUUCAAAGCAGGAUGAUUGUGUAAACUGUGACUUAAGUCUCAUAGUGAUGACAACUGUGUAAUAGAUUUGUUUCAGUUAAGACUUAAUUAAGGUCAUCUUUAGUCUCCGUUUCAACAUUUUCUGACAAACUUUUUUCAAGGCUUUGCUUGCUCAAUUUGAAAUAAUCACGCAAACAUUCUUAAAACUAUGUGCUAUGUUGGACAAAACAAAGAACACAAUUUUCCUGUGACAUCAUCUGUGUGUCUGUACUCUACGAGAUCAUGGACAAUGACCAACCAAACCACACAUAGCAUCCAUUCAUUACAUAAAUAUAAUCUUUUGACAAAAAGUAAGUGAAUGUGUUUUCUCAAAGGUGGAAAGUGAAACUCAAGUAUCAAGAUUAACACAAUCAACACAAGAUCAGUAUGAAGUAAACGUGAGAGCUGCCAACAUUGUAAGUUAUAAAAUAUUGGGUGGAGGGAUACAAAAAAUCGCUUGGCUUUUCCGUAGUAAGUUUCUUUCUCAAGUAUAGGAAUAUGUUGUGCAUUUUGAUCAUCUUCUGGAAAGCAUCAAAAGAGGUUUCACUCUUUCAUCUAGGGUGAUUAAGUGUAUUGCCAAAAUACAGGGUUUUUUAGAGCCUUUUAGAAUUUUUGAAAAAGUCCUGAGUCUUGGAAAUUAAGAUAAAUUCUAGAGAAAUAGGAAAUGUUCUUUUUUUUAUUAAUUUUUUUUCAAAAGAGGAGCAAAUGCCAAAAUGUUUUUUUCAAAAGAGGAGCUGAUGCUAAAUAUUUAUGUCAAGUGCAUUUUUUCCCAUAGUCAAAUUUUAUUUAAUCUUGACUUUAGCCAGAACAUUUCAAUCACAGAAUGAGAAUUUUAGAACUCUCUUGUGUCACUUUGCGCUGAUGAUGGUGGUUUCUGUAUUUUUGCAGUGCAUCAUGGGAAAGCUUGAUUCUGUUGCUCUUCUCUGUUCUUUUUUUGUAGGUAAGAGCUGGCGAGUCUCUGCAGAAACUUGUGUCCGAUAUGAAAGAGUUUCUCAUCUUGAAUGAUUUUCCAUCAGUGAAUACCAGCAUCACUGAAAGAAUCAGGAAGUCAGCAAUCAGACAGAUCAACAACUUUUAG